AUGAAAAAAACAAAAAGAAAAUACGAAGAAACAAAAAGAGAAUAUGAAGAAGCAAAAAGAAAAUAUGAAGAAGAAAAGAGGGAGUGGGAAGAAAAGUGGGGAGAUAGGUUGAAUGAGUUGAAGAAAAAAUUGUCAAGGAAGGAGUAUGAUGAUGAUGAAGAAAAAAAAAAGAUGUGGACAAAGGAGAAGGAAGAUUUAGAAAAAGAGAAAAACAAUUUAGAAAACAAGUUGGCAAAAGAGAAAAACGAGUUGGCAAAGUCAAAGGAAAGUUGGAAGGCGCUGUGCCAAGAGGCAAUACAUAGAAGAUUUGGAAAAAAGAAAAAAGAAAUUGAUGAAGAAAUGGAUAUUGAAGAUAUAAUAGAGAAAAUAAAGUCCAUUGUGAAUCCACCCUAUUCAACUCCACCACAUGUUUCAAGUGAGAACAGAUCAUCUACUACAUCAACUGUUACUACUGUAAAAGAAGUUGGAAAUAGAUUCAAAUUUGUUGAACAUGAGGAACAGAUGAGAUUAUACAGGGAAUUGGUACAGAAGGCAUUUGAAAUUUGGCAAAAAUACCACACAAAAGGUGCAUAUCCAAUGUAUGACUACAAAAAGAGUCUUAUAAUUCCAGUGAUAGGAGGGGCCAGUG